CGAAUCCCCCUCGGCCUCCACCUCCCCCUCCACCGCGGCCUCCUCUAAACCCUCCGCGACCACCGCCACGCGGACUGUUGAAAUCUGUUAAAUAAAACAACAAUUUACACAACAAUCAGUAAAAUAAGAAAAAAUGGCAAAUAAAUUAAAUAAUAUAACAUUUGACAAUUUUAAAUGGCUUAACGAGCCCGCUCACUGGAGUUUAAGCGAUAAUGUAUUGAUGUUGAGGACAGACAGAGAAAAGGAUUUCUGGCAAGAAACCUGGUACAAUUUUAAUCACAACUCAGGACAUGUUUAUGGAACCGAGCUAAGCGAAGACUUUACUGUGGAGAUAUGUGUAGAAGCAGAUUUUAAGACACUUUACGACCAAGCUGGCUUAAUGCUCUAUGUAGAUGAAAAGAAUUGGGUUAAAGCGGGAAUCGAAUACACUGACGGGCUGCCGAUGAUCAGUAGUGUUGUGACUAAAGAGUUUUCCGAUUGGGGGACUGGAGUUUUUACAGGAAAUCCGAAUAAGUUCUGGAUGAAGUUGACGAAAGUUGGCAAUGUUGUCUGUAUUAAAUACUCCAUAGAUAAUGAGACCUGGUUGUUAUUACGACUCUGCCUAUUUCCGGUUUCUGAGAAAUAUUUCGUGGGUCCAAUGAGCUGUACACCGACACGGGAGGGUUUAACUGUUAAAUUCAGUGGCUUGAAGUUUAGUGAGCCCGUUAAAGAUAUAUUACACUCCGAUUAAAUAUUUAAAAAAGUUGAUGUCAUUUUAAGUAAGAUCUAUUUUGAUCGAUGAACAUUUAAUUGACUUUUAAUGUAUUACUGUACUGUUUCCCUAAUAAAAUAAAAAAAAAUUUAUAA